CCUGUUUUCGCAAGAAUGCGCGCAUCUCGUGGAGACGCUAGCAAUUUUCCAACACGAACAAGGGCAAUGGCUGGUCCAACUCUUCUUGCUGUAGGAGCAGCAGUAGCAGGAGCAGCCGGCGCACUGAUGGCUGUACCUGCAGUACUUGCAGCCGCUGGAUUCGGAGCUGCCGGUGUGGCUGCCGGAUCAUAUGCUGCAGCUACCCAGGCAACCAUGGGGGGCUUCGUGGCCAAAGGCAGCCUAUUUGCACUUUGCCAAAGCUGGGGAGCAGCUGGACUUCCCCUCGCUGCAAAGGGUGUUGCUGCUGCAGCCGGCGCAUGGCUUGGUUUCAAGGUGGUUUAAUGAACCACAUAAUGCACUGGCAGUCUAAGCCCAAUAAAAGCAUAAGAAAUCACAGCAUA